UUUCAGCACACUUCCACACACAAACCCAUAUAUACACACACACAGAGUUCAUGUUGUUGCCUGCAUCCAUCCCAUAAUAGCACACACAUUACCUAUCAGCCACACUCAGGCUGACGUCCGUCCAUUAAACUGCGACACGACGACAGGCGCUAAAAAACGCUGAAGGGUGAAACGGGAAGUUGCCGAUGGGGAAGACGCGCACUCAGCAAGUUGAACUUCCAAACACUUUGACGCUCACGUGACAAAGGAAAGUCGCGCGUGUACAGGACGCCGACGACGCAAUGCGCGCUACGUCCCGGAAGACCCCUCCUUCGCUUCGAGGACGUCCGCAAGCGGGACGUAAACGUUGAAAUCCUGUAAUAUUGCCAGAGCGGGCGGCACGGUGGGCGACCGGUUAGAGCGUCCGCCUCGCAGUUCUGAGGACCCGGGUUCGAUCCCCGGCCCCGGAUCGCGCUUCCUGGCGGCGACGGCGAGUACGAACUGGCUUCCUCCUCGCGGCCUCCACGAGAUCCGCGCAGGCGGCGGAGAGACAACAAUCGGCCCAAAAUCACCGUCGUCCGCCCCGCCCGCGCGAGAGAUUGCAGCUCCCGGAUGGGCCUUCGUCGCCGUUCCGCAAAAUGCCGACAGCCCGGCCAGGGGAGAAGAAGGAUCGUUGCGCGUGAUCGUGUUUAAUGACCAAAGAUCGCGUGGAAUCGUUAAAAAACCUAAAUCACGUGUACUCAUUCGUAAUCAAACAGGAUCUCGCACGAUCGCGUCCGUGCGUGACGGUCCCGUCUGCGUCUCAUGCCAGCAAGGCAAGAUUUAUUCCUACUUUUCUGUUUUUGCUUUCACGGGGAAGUCGAGCACAUGGACUUUUUACCUGUGGACACUGACCCGACCUUACACGCGCACACCGAGUAAACAGCGCGUGCGUGCACGCGUGUGUGCUUGCACUUUGGAUUUGAGCAGAGCAGAUCGAAGAUGGCGUCCGUGCGUUUGGCGCUGCUGCUGCUAAUGUCGUUCCGACUGCGGGCCGCCGACGUCGUCGAGGGCGACGCGGGUGGCGUGCGGGUGCCGCGGCGGGAGGCGUCCGACGUCCUGAGGCGCCAACGCCGCUUCAACGACGGCCCGUUCGAGGAGUGGAAGGCGGGAAAUCUGGAGCGCGAAUGCCGGGAGGAAAGCUGCAACUUCGAGGAGGCCCGCGAGAUCUUCGAGGACGACACCAAAACCAUGGAAUUCUGGGCGGGAUACGCCGACGGCGACCAGUGCGAGGUGGCCCCGUGCCAGAACGGCGGCGUCUGUCAAGACGGCGUCAAUUCGUACUCGUGCUGGUGUAACGCGAGCUUCACCGGGAAAAACUGCGAGAUCGAGGUCACCAAGCAGUGUUCGAUCAACAAUGGCGGCUGUUCUCACUUCUGCAAGAUGAAGUCAAACUCGGUGCGCUGCCACUGCGCACACGGCUACAAGCUGGCGGCCGACCGAAGGGCGUGCGAGGCCACAGGUGAGUUCAGCUGCGGCGUGACGGCCGAUCGGUCGGCCCACGCGCCGCGUUCGUCCAACCGCACCGCCGCCGGCGACCCCGACGACGACGUCAUCCUGCACGAGUGGGUGGACUACGGGGACGGGGACGAGCCGGAGGCCGGCGACGCCUCCGCGGGGUCCCGCGUCAGGAGGCGGUCGCCCUUUUUCCCGACGCUUCCCAGCAUCGCGGCGGAGGAACGGAGCGACCAGAGGAUCGUGGGCGGCUACGAGGCCGAAGCGGGAGAAGUCCCCUGGCAGGCGGCGCUGAUCUCCCACUCGGCCGGGAAGGAGAAGCCGGAGCCCUUCUGCGGCGGCUCGCUGCUCAGCGACAUUUGGGUCCUGACGGCGGCGCACUGCGUCGUCGAGGCCCGCACGGCGGGAGUCUCCUUCUUCGUGCGCCUGGGCGAGCACGACGUGCAGGCGGAUGAGGGUUCGGAGCGCGACCACGAGGUGGCCGAAGAACUGGUCCACAAGUCGUACGAGUUCCGGAAGUCGCGCUUCAACCACGACGUGGCGCUGCUCAAGCUGGCCGUCCCGGCGGAGAUGUCGCCGCGGCGCCGGCCCGUCUGCCUGGGACCCAAAGCCUUCACGGAGAGCCUCCUGGAGGAGGCGGCCACCUCGGCGGUGAGCGGCUGGGGGCGCGUCCGGGACGGGGGGCUGCUGUCCGGCAAGUUGCGCAAGCUGGACGUCCCCUUCGUGAAGCGCACCACUUGCAAGGCCAGCAGCGAGCAGCGCAUCACCGCCUUCAUGUUCUGCGCCGGCUUCCGGAACCGCAAGGAAGACUCGUGCCAGGGCGACAGCGGGGGGCCGCACGUCACCCUCCACCGGGACACCUGGUUCCUCACGGGCAUCAUCAGCUGGGGCGAGGGCUGCGCCCGGCCCGGAAAGUACGGCGUGUACACGCGCAUCUCGCGAUACUACGCCUGGAUCAGCAACACCACCGGCAUCAAGACCGACUCGUGAGCACCGGGCGCCGCUUCCUCUUCUUCCUCUGUCGGUAGCCGCUUCCUGUUCCGAGUUCCGUCGACGGCGCGCAUGCGUAACUAGCUACGGAAACCGCACUCCACCAAAAUCCAAAGGCGGUACCGAAGCCUAAGCCCAAAUACUCUGUGCAGGUAGUACCGAACCCAAAAUAUGUAAGCAAAGCAAAGCAAAUUGAUUGAUAUAGACACGGUAACUCCGUGUGCUUUACAUGAUUCCAAUCAUUUCACAACAACGGGGAAAAAAAGAGUUGAUAAACCUUUCAAACAGAGACAAUCCAAUAAAAAUACAAUUAAAACAGCAUCCAGUGCAAGAAAUAUCAUUCAUC